AUGACCACAUUACACAGGCAACAGGCCAGCAGAGGGCGAAUCUUGUUUUGCUGUCUACUGGGGCUGCUGUGGGACAACGGGACCGGACAGAUCCACUACUCGGUGCCGGAAGAGAUGAAAAAGGGCUCUUUCGUGGGCCAUAUAGCCAAGGACAUGGGGCUGGAGCCGCGGGAACUGUCGGAGAGAGGAGCCCGCAUUGUAUCCAGAGGUAAGAAGCAGCAUUUCUCUUUAAAUGGCAGAAGCGGCAGCUUAGUCACCACAGACAGAAUAGACAGAGAAGAGCUUUGCCCGGGAGCCCCAAAGUGCCUUUUAAAUGUGGAGAUUCUCUUGCAGGACAAAGUGAAAAUUUAUGGGAUAGAAGUGGACAUAAUUGAUAUUAAUGAUAAUGCUCCAAGCUUCCAGGAAGAUGAAAUAGACAUAGAAGUAAGUGAACAGGCAGCCCGGGGAAUGACUUUCCCUCUUCCUAAUGCAUGGGAUUUGGAUGUGGGAAUGAACGGUCUCCAAAGUUAUCAACUGAGCCCAAACAGUCACUUCUCUCUGCAUGUGCAAAGCAAAGCAGAUGUCAAGUACCCUGAACUGGUGCUGGAGCGGGCCCUGGACCGGGAGGAGGAGCCAGUUCACCACCUCAUCCUCACAGCUUCAGACGGGGGAAAUCCCGUCCGCUCCGGUACCUCUCGAGUCCGGGUGACUGUCCUCGAUGCGAAUGACAACGCUCCAGUGUUUACUCAGUCCGUAUACAGCGUGAGUAUUCCUGAGAACGUCCCUGUGGGAACAUGGUUGCUCUCCGUGAACGCCACCGACCCUGAUGAGGGAGUUAACGGGGAAGUAACCUAUUCUUUCUGGAACAUCCACAGCAAAGCCAAACAAGUUUUUGAGUUGGACAGUCAUGUAGGCAGCAUCUCAACAAUAGGGCAUCUGAAUCAUGAGGAAUCAGGAUUCUAUGAGAUGGAAGUGCAAGCUAAAGAUAAUGCAGGUUUUUUUGCAAGAGCCAAUGUGCUGGUGACCGUAGUGGAUGUGAAUGACAAUGCUCCAGAAGUGACCAUCACGUCUCUGACCAACUCAAUUCUUGAAAACUCUCCUGCAGGGACAGUCAUUGCUCUUUUAAAUGUACACGACCAAGACUCUGGAGAGAAUGGUCAUGUCAUGUGUUCCAUCCCAAAUAACCUACCUUUUAAAUUAGAAAAAAAUUAUGGAAAUUACUAUAGUUUGGUGACAAGCAUGGCCCUGGACCGGGAGCAGGUUUCAAUGUACAAUAUCACUGUGACAGCCACAGAUCUCGGGACUCCGCCUAUUUCUACAAACACUCACAUCACCCUGCAUGUGGCUGACAUCAAUGACAACCCACCUACCUUCAGUCAAACUUCAUAUUCUGUUUACAUCCUGGAAAAUAAUCCGAAAGGCUCUUCCAUUUUUUUAGUAACUGCCAGUGAUCCAGACAGCGAGGAGAACGCCCAAAUCAUUUACACCAUAGCUGAUAACAUCUUCCAGGGGGUUCCUCUCUCUUCCUAUAUCUCCAUUAAUUCAGAGACUGGUGUCCUCUAUGCUCUGCUUUCUUUUGAUUAUGAAAAAUUCCGGGACUUGCAGCUACAAGUGACAGCCACAGACUCAGGAGAACCGCCUCUCAACUGCAGUGUAUCUCUAACUCUGUUCAUCCUGGAUCAGAAUGACAAUGCCCCUAAAGUCCUGUAUCCCAUUUCCCCCACUGAUGGCUCCAGUGGGGUAGAGUUGGCCCCCCGCUCUGCAGAGCCAGGCUACCUGGUGGCCAAAGUGGUGGCGGUGGAUGGAGAUUCAGGCCAAAAUGCCUGGCUGUUCUACCACCUGCUCAAAGCCACAGAUCCUGGGCUCUUCUCAGUGGGCCUGCAUAAUGGUGAGAUCAGAACUACUCGUUCAUUUUUGGACAAAGAUACCCUCAAGCAGAAUCUUGUGGUGGCAGUCACAGACAAAGGGGAUCCACCCCUUUCUACCACUGUCAGUGUCACAGUGGUUGUGGCAGAUAACUCUCGGGAGAGUCAACUGGUUUUCCCUCAGCCCAACUAUGCGGACACACUCCUAAGUCUGCAGAGCUUGCUAGAGAAGAGACUCCGAGCGCCGCUGUCCGCCAAUGCCGAGCCAGAACUAAGACUCGAGAUUGAUUGGUGGAAACUCCUACAGAGUAAUUUCCUGCACAGUCCCAGAGCUUACAUCAGAAAGGAGACCCAGUCCUUAAUCAUUGAGACUCUCUUCUCCACAGAGCUUGUCCCUGAUGCACUGAUCAUAGAGGCGCUUCUUCGCUGUGGAGGGAGUCUUAAAAUCCAGAAAUGGCUUGAAGUGUGA